GGAGGUGACCCAUUCAGCAAAGGAGCAGAUCUGGACCCAUGGAUGGGGAAACGGCAGGGCAGUUUCACAACAGCUGCCUGAGAGGGAACGGCCAGAGCAAACCGUCUUGUUUGCCUUGGAUUAGCAUGUGCCUUGUGCCUCGCUCGCUCAGCCUUACUUGGAAUCAGACACUUUGGUGGGAUCACCUCAAUGUGGGGGAAAUGCAGAUCUCCUUAUUGUUUCUGACUCAUGGCAGAAAUGCUAAAGGCCAGUGUAAGGCACGGCAGAGGUAUGUGAGGAGCUGAAAUCUUUGAACACAGUCCCAUCUCCGUUCUACAGCAGAACAAAUGGCUCCCUGGCAAUGCUGCAACAUAACUCUGCUAAUUCUCUCUCUCACGCUGUAUAAGUGCAUGAAUACAGAUACAGGGGACGAGAAAGAUGGUUACAUCUCCAUUGAUUCCACUAGUAAGGAGGAUUUAGGAGCUACAGAGGCUCAUUCCACCAAGAGUUUCAUUGAAUUUUCACAGACAGCGUCAAGCGGUAACAUCGGGAAAAUUCGCAACAACAGGCCCGUCUUCUCAAGAAGUGUUUACAGCUUUGACAUUCAGGAGGACUCAGCUCCAGGCACCACAGUGGGCUUCGUAACAGCCACUGAUCCAAACCAAGGUGUCGGUGACAAUGUGUAUGCAAUACACGAAGAUGAUGGCGAUGGACUCUUUGUUAUUAACCCAGCUACUGGACACAUGACACUCACUCGUCCUCUGGACUUUGAGUGUGCAAAGUAUUACAUUCUCUCUGUGAAAGCAGCGAGCACAGAGGGACAAUUCAGCGUGGUCCGGGUAUACGUCAACGUGCUGGAUGUCAAUGACAACGCGCCAUGCUUUGCUCCAGAUUCCUACAAUGUUACUAUCAUGGAAAACAUCCCUAUUGGCACGAGUGUUUUAACCCUGAAUGUCACUGAUGCUGAUGAAGGUAUGAAUGCAGCUUUGACGUUGAACAUAAUCUCCGGGGACGCCAAUGGAGAUUUUACAAUUGAUGAAAGCGCUGUACUCCGGGUUGGACAGAUGUUAGAUCGAGAACGCCAGUCUACUUAUAGUUUAACAGUUCAAGCUAUUGACCAGGCUCCGUGUGACUCAGUGCGUUUCAGAAGUAGUGCAUGGAUCAUGGUGGAGCUCCUUGAUGUGAACGACAAUGCUCCCACGUUCUUGCCUUUGAAUACUGUCUACCUUCCCGAAGACGUUUCUACUGAUACCGUGGUAAUGACAGUGAAGGCCGUGGAUGGAGACAGCGGGCUCAAUGGCCACAUUGAAUACUCUCUCACACAAUCUCCAGAGUGCAAGUUCAGCAUCAACACCACAAGUGGCGAAGUGAGUGUGAUUGGAGACCUUGAUCGAGAAUUAGUGGAACGGGUUACAAUAGAAGUGACUGCAUCAGAUAAAGGCCAGCCACCACUCUCCUCCUCCUUAUGCAUUAGAGCAAUUAUUACUGACGUCAAUGAUAACAGCCCCGUCUUCAGUCAAACCACUUAUACAGUCACAGAGGAUGAAAACAUACCUCCUGGCUCUGAAUUACUGGCUGUUUCAGCUACUGACCUCGAUGAAGGGAGAAAUGGGCAGGUUCGAUAUACAACAAGCAGCAAGCACUUUGCCAUUGAUUCUGUUACUGGGUUAAUCUCAUUGUUCAGGAAUCUAGAUCGUGAACAAAUACCGAUCUAUUCUUUUGUGGUUUUUGCAACGGAUGAUGGAUCCAGUCCCAGGUCAGGAACAGCCUCCGUCAAGGUUGUUCUCAGGGAUGUCAAUGACUUUGUACCGAUCUUCCAGCCUGCCACAAUAUCCCUAGAUAUCCUGGAGAAUAUAAAUAAAGUUCCACAAGUCGUAUAUCAGUUGCUCGGCCUUGACGAUGACUUGGAUUCCAACAGUGAGCUGACUUACAAGAUAUCACGAGGAAAUGAAGAGGGCAAGUUUUCACUCUCAACAAACGGAGAACUCAGGCUGGUGCAGAUCCUCGACAGAGAGGUUCAGGGGGAAUACACGUUGCUGGUGACUGCCACAGAUGCAGGUGAGCCACCACUGACUGGGACUGGAACAAUCGUAAUAAUAGUUAAAGACCUCAAUGAUAACAGUCCUCUAUUUGAACAAAAUCUGUACACAACCACCAUCAGUGAAGCCACCUCCACUGGUACAGUGAUUUUACGGGUCAAGGCUUCAGAUGCAGAUGCUGAAGAGAAUGGGAAAAUCAGUUACUCAAUGGAAGGGGAGGAUUCUCCAUUCUCCAUUGACCCUGUCAGUGGAGAAAUGAUCACCAUCUCCACUUUGGACAGAGAAGUUCGAGGAGAUUAUACGCUGCUUGUUGUAGCUCAUGACCAAAGUCACACACAGCGCUCGACGAGUUCGGCAUCUGUGGUGGUCAUUAUACAAGAUGUUAACGAUAACCCACCUGAAUUUCUGGAUGACCCAUAUGUUGCUAAUGUCCCUGCUGUUCUAAAGAGAGGGUCAACUGUUUAUGCGGUAACUGCAAGAGACAGAGAUGUUGGGGGAAACGCUGACCUGCGCUUUUCUUUAUUUGGUCCAAAUGCCAACAAGUUUGAAAUUGACCCACUCCGUGGUGUGGUUUUUGCACGGCACAUUUUGAAAGGUCCAAUGGACAUCACAGUCAACAUUAACGUGUCAGAUAGCAGAGAAGAUCCAAAAAUGGACAGUACAACCAUCACAGUGAGAUUUCAACGCACCACUGACUUCCCCCAAGUAUCUGUGGACAAAGAAGUGCUUGUCUACCCAGAAAAUCAAGCAGUGGACACAGUGAUUGCUCAAGUCAGUGCCUUAAGCAAAGAGAAAGAAGCAGUUGGGUCUAUUUCCUUUUAUCUUGCAGUGGGCAACUUGGGAGAUGUAUUUCAAGUCAACCAAUUAACAGGAGAAGUGAUUAUUAAAAGGACUCUGGAUUUUGAGUUUGCAAAACAGUACCAGCUUUGGAUAGAAGCCAGGGAUUCAAGUUCGCCACCAUUUUCAUCUUAUGUCAGAAUAGAUGUCAAUGUUACAGAUACAAAUGACAAUUUUCCUACAUUCAAGCAGAACAUCUACAAAUGUGAUGUCUAUGAGAAUGUGCCAGCCAGCAAAGUCUGCAAUGUGUCUGCUGUUGAUUCAGAUUCUUCUCUGAAUGGAUUGUUAGAAUAUAGUAUUUACGAUGGCAAUGUUAACAAUGCAUUUAACAUCAAUAGGUCCACUGGAGUCAUCAGAACUGUUAGGAUGUUGGAUAGGGAACAGCUGGCAUUAUAUACAUUAAUAGUUGAAGCAAAAGAUAAAGGAGACAGCCCAAAGACUAGUACAGCAACGAUCUUUAUUUCCGUCCUGGACAUAAAUGAUAACGCCCCUCGCUUUUCACAAAUUUUCCUUGCACAAGUUGUUGAAAAUGCUCCAGUCGGUUUUACAAUUGCACGCAUUAGUACCACGGAUGACGAUAUUGGUGUGAAUGCUAGAAGCACCUACAGUAUCUCGGAUCACACAGCGACUCUGCCCUUUGACAUAGAUCCAUGUACCGGGGAUUUAACUGUGGCAAGGGCACUGGACAGAGAGACCACAGAUCAGUACGUUUUAAGAGUGCAUGCCAAUGAUUCGUCUUGGGAUGUCAACACAGACGUGACGAUAGUUGUUGCUGAUAUAAAUGACAACACACCACAAUUUACCGAGGCAUCCUAUAGCAUGACAAUUCCGGAGCCUGCAGAAAAAGAAACGUUUGUUCUACAGGUAUCUGCCGCUGACCCUGAUCUGAAUUGCAAUGGAAAGAUUUUCUACUUUCUUAAGCAUCCAAAUGAAUUCUUCAGAAUUAACGCAACCACUGGCAAAAUCUUCACUAAGUCAUUUAUUCCGUUAAACAACACAGACCACAGCGGCACUUCCCAGAACAGAAUUACGUUUAUUGUGGUUGCCUCAGACCUUGGUGAGCUACCUUCUAUCAGUGAGACUGUUGUGGACAUCACAAUUGUCAAUCGCAAUGAUUAUCCACCCAUAUUUUUACCACACAGACAGAUGAUUCCAGUUCCUGUGAAUUUAGCUUUAGGUACCAGGGUGACCAAACUGAUCAUUGUUGAUAAAGAUUCAAAUAGAGACGGGGAGUAUUUUAUUACCGAGAAUGGUGGCUCAUUCCUUUUUGGCGUUGAACAGUCCAGCGGGUGGAUUUUUGUGACUAACACUCUCACUUCAAGUUUGAAUAAGGUAUUCACCCUAACAGUAACAGCAACUGAUUAUGGAAUUCCACCUCUCUCCUCUAAUACUACAAUCAACUUCGUCAUCACAGGCAAAAAUAUAUUUACUCCACAAUUUUACACUUUAGAAGUAAGUUUAUACAUUCCUGAAGACCAGCCCAUUGGUUCUGUAAUUAGUAACAUUACAGCAUCUGAUGCUGAUGAAGGGAUAAAUGGCCAAGUAACAUACUCAAUAAUGGCUGGAAAUGAAGGAGGGUAUUUUGCCGUUGGAAACACGACAGGGCUGUUAACUUUGGUUCGAAGUUUAGAUUUUGAGAUGGAGUCUGUUUAUCGCCUUCGGAUUUACGGCCUAGAUGGUGGAUGGAUUUCAAAGACUGGCUCUGUCGAAGUUAGUAUCUUUGUUCAAGAUGUCAAUGACAAUCCCCCAGUAUUUUGUCAGAAAGCAUUUUUUGCAACAAUUGCAGAAAACUCCCCGUGUGGCUCCACAAUCCUUAAACUAAAUGCAACAGACAAUGACACGGGAAUUCAUGCUGAGAUAAGCUACGCUAUUGAAGAUGGCGACACAGAACUCUUUUCCAUAGAUCCACAAAUUGGAAUAAUUAUUGUGCAAGAAAUUUUAAAUUUUGAAUCGGUUAAGUUCUAUGAACUAGCCAUCAGAGUGUUUAACAGAUAUGACAGGGAUCAAUUCAGUCUGAGUAAAGUGUACAUUUAUGUCACAGGACUGAAUGAGUAUAUUCCACGCUUCAGUAAAGCACAAUAUAAUUUUGUCAUUUCAGAGAAAGCAGUUAAAGGAACUAUUGUAGGCAGCGUAACAGCAACCGAUCUUGAUCUUGGUCUCGAAGGUGUGGUUUACUACAUACUGGUAGGAGAAAGCAAGAAGAAAGGUUUUCAGAUCGUUGACAACACUGGAGAGAUUGUUGUGUCAGAUAACACGAAACUUCUCGGUCCGAGCCACGUUCUCCUGAGAGUACUUGCUAAGAAUUCUGGAAGGAUACUUGGCUUUGAUGUGGAUGAAGCACUAAUUAAUGUUGCUAUUCUCAGUGUAAAUGACGCUCCAGUAUUUCAGUCUGCUCUCUAUCAAGCCCAUAUCAGAGAAGAUGCACCAGCUGGUACAUCUGUCUUUAGCCUUAUGGAUGAUGAUUCAGACAUCAUUGUAAAGUGGAAUCAGCUUGAGUUUAAAAUUGAAGACGUACACAUAAAUAAUUUGUUUUCUAUCAAUUCUAACACUGGUGAAAUAUUUGUCGUGUCUUCCCUGGACAGGGAAACAGUGCCAUCUUACAACAUGACCAUUAUUGCAGUUGAUACAAGAGGCGGCCAAACACUAGGUAGAACACAAUUGGUGAUUGUUGUUGUUGACGUCAAUGAUAACAGUCCUGUUCUUGUCAGUACAGAAGGGCAUGUAUUGGAGAAUCAACCUAUUGGCACAAAAUUUGGUUCACUUAAUGCCAUUGAUCUGGAUUCACCUCCCAACCAGGGACCUUUCUACUACCAGCUAGCAGAUAGCAACAGUAGCAGCUUUGUUACAUUGUCUCCAGCUGGUGUGUUGUCCACCAAGAUAAUGUUUGACAGAGAAUGUGUUAGUGAUCUCUUUUUGCCCAUCAUUGUGCAAGAUUCUGGAAACCCUUCAAUGUCCUCAGUGAGUAUAUUUCACGUCCGAAUUCUAGACCAAAAUGAUAAUCCUCCUCAGUCUAGAAAUAUUCAUAUUCAAGUCAAUUACUUUGGUGACUAUUUCCCUGGUGGUUUCAUAGGUAGUGUGAAGCCAGAAGAUCCAGAUGUGUGUGAUAGAUUUAACUGCCACAUAGUCACCAAUGCCACCAUCAGCUUUGCUGUGGCAGGAGACGCCUGCAAAUUGUUAUCUGGGAAGCUAAUCCACGAAGAGGAAUUUAACCUUACAAUUAAGGCCAGUGACAAAGUUCACCACAGUGUCUCCAGCAGCAUUUACAUAAGAUACAGACAUUUUAACAAUGCCACAAUUGAUAGCAGUGUCUUCCUUCUCAUCACACUCCCCAUUGAAGAGUUUCUGGAUAAGAAAUAUCUACGUUUGGUUGAGACUAUUGACGAGCUCCUGAGCCAAAAUAACACAAAGCUCCAUGUCUUUGGGAUGAUGCCACUGAAUAAUCAAGUUCUCCUGAUGGCAGCUAUUAAAUGCAGCAGUGGGCUGCAUGUUUCCAGGAAGGCAGUGAUAGACCUCUUCACCGUUCACAGAGAAUGGCUCAGGACUCAGAUUGGAAUCCCUAUUUCUGCAAUAGGUUUAGACCCUUGCUUAACAACUCCAUGUCGCCGAGGUGUUGCCUGCACAAAGCAGACUUCUGUCAGCAUAGACACUGUUGUUCUGGAAAGUUCUUCGGUCAUUUUUCAGACUCAUGUUCUAUUGGAACCGUUCCGGUGUCUCUGCCCAGAGGGUCAGCUGUACAGGUUGGACUUUGACGAAUGCCCAACGACACCAUGUGAUGGCCAUGGUACUGGCUUAAACUACCCAAUAGGAUUUUUUUGUUCCUGUUCAGAAGGCAGAGCAGGAUCCAACUGUGAAAAGGACAUAAAUCACUGCCAACAAGACACGUGCCAGAAUGGAGCUACUUGCCUGAACCCGCCAGGGGGUUUUCAAUGUAAAUACCCACCAAAUUGCACAGGUACUAGUGGGAAUCAAUGUGACGCAAGCAGCCUUGGAUUUGAAGAACUCUCUUACAUGGAACUUCCUUGCCUUGAUCCCCAAAACAAUACAAUUUAUGUAGAAUUUGCCACAAUAAAAGAAAAUGCUCUCCUCCUGUAUAAUUAUGACAACAAAGAAGGUCCAGAGGGGGAAUUUCUUGCACUGGAAAUAGUGAACGGUAAAAUGGAAUUUGCUUACAAUCUCGGAGAUGGAACUGUUAGAUUGCAAAGUACUCAGCAAAUAGCUGACGGAAACCUCCACACUGUUCUUGCAACUAGAAUAGGCAAGGUCGGAUCGCUAACUGUGGAUAAUUGUACCACCAAUCAGCCGGAACAGUUCUGCUUUGUAAGCAACCCAGGCACAGGCACAGAAAGAACACUGGAUUUGGAUAACAAUAACAUGGUAUUUGGAGGAAUCAAAUCAAUUGACCCAAUCCUCCUUCGCCCAGGUCAUGUAAAAACAGAUGACUUUAUUGGUUGCAUCAAGGAAGUUAAACUGAACAAUAUUCCUGUGAAAAUUGCUGAGGCCCUGUCUUCAAGUAACAUCCUAACCAGUUGCCCUCGUCUAGAUGGAGCUUGUCAAGAUAAAGCAUGCCUCAGCGAUGGAGUCUGCCUUGGCUCUUGGUCUUACUACUUGUGUCAAUCUCCCGAAGGCUUUACUGGAGCAAAUUGUGGAAAAGCUAUUCUUGCAUAUACAGCAGUCUAUCUCAAUGGCCAGUCUCAUCUUGCUUAUUUCAUUAAAGAAAAUUAUAAACGUGCCCAACUGCUGAGGAGCCAGAGAAGGAAAAGGAACCGACAAGGAAUUGAUGACUACCUCAGUAUUGAAGUACACUUCAGAACACACUACUCGGAAGGAGUUCUCCUCCACCUCCAAGGGAACAAAACUCAUGCCACUGUCAAGAUUUUGGAAGGAAGGAUAAUCUUCAUUUCCAACGCUGGAUCGGCAGGUUACACUAAAAAUCAUUUACCAGAUAUCUCCGUCUCCGAUGGCGCUUGGCACACAUUCAAAUUGGAGAUCAGUACCAUGGCCACCAGACUGAUUCUUGAUCAAAAGUACCAGGAAAACAUCACUAAUGGAGGGAUCAAUGUGGCCAGCUUUUCAUUAGGACGGAUACCGCAAUCACAGAUUGAUGAUCUGAGUUAACCAGGCUUUAAAGGCUGCAUCAAGGUAUUAAAGUAUAAUAAUCAAGUGAUGCCAUUUACUGGAUCAAAUGACCUGGUCAAAGUUCAGCCAAGUGAUGUCUCUGUCCAGAUUGGAUGCAGUGGAUGGAACCUGUGUCCAAAUGGAACAAAGUGCAUUGAUUUAUGGUUGGCAUACAAAUGUCUUCCACUUUCCUGUUUUCCUGACCCUUGUAAGCAUGGCGGUACAUGCAUCAUUUCCUCGGAAGGCCUGCCUCACUGCAUUUGCAAGCCAGACUUUACCGGAUCUUAUUGUGAACUCCCACGUCAGAAAGGCAAUGUUCAGUUUCCACAGUGGAGAACUGCAGUCAUUAUCCUGGUUACUCUGGGAGUAAUUUCCCUGUUGGUUGCAUUCUUCAAGUGUCGAUACACUACCUCAGAAAGCAAGAGAACAAAAAUGGGCCCAUUAUUUCAACAGGGCACCGUGAACAAAGCUUUUGAUGAUGACCAUAUUAGUGGCUGUGACAUAAAAGGUCACACUUCUGACGAUAAUGGAAAGCCACCGGACAUCAUCAAGGCAGAAAAAAAUGGUCACGUCGUGGAUGAAACGUUUAGCAAUGCCACAGGUACGAUGCAGAAAAAGAACGACUGUGGGCACAAAGACUAUGACAUUGAGAGCUAUGCCACUGAGAACACUGGCUGGGUAGCUCCUUUGGGUACUGAUGACACUCAGCACAAGAAACCGAUCCGGACCAUUAAUGAUCAAGAUCAAAAAGUAAUUCCCUCCAGGAAUGGGCAUGAAAAAUAUCAAUCUUUUACAUCAACAUUAAAUCAUAGAAACACCCAUUCUACCACGCAGAUCACUUCCAGCCAACAAAAUGCAACAACAAUUCAUCAUGAAAACCAACACUGCCUUCAUGUACAUCCAUCUCAAUGGUUUCAUUCAUCGUUUCUGUUGACAGAGCACCAGCAUUUCAUGAAUGAACUUCAUUCAACAGGCUAUGGGGCGGAGGUCUCCCACCAUGUUCACUUUGAUGACCGCCAGUCAAGCCAAGGAGGUAUUGACAACUUGUCCUUUAGUGGAGAUCUUCAGCCAGAUACACUAACAUUUGCAUCCAAUGGCACAACCAACAGCAGAGGAAAACAGGCACUCAGGAGAUUUCCAAUGGGGCUAUCUGCAGAAGAGGUAAAAAAAUUACAUGCUCCAACGUUACAGAAACCUGUCGAGAGCACCAUUCAAGAAACUUCUCUGUCCCAAUUUUCACAGAGAAUUUCAUCCCGUAGAUGUGCCUCAGUCUUUAUUCCUACCUCUGACCCUUCAUCCGACAGUGAUUCCCAUAGUUCUUUCACUUGUUCAGAGUACGACUAUGAAAGAGAACUAUACAGUAAUUUCUCCGUGGACGAAUCUACUCAACGAGAUUCCGGGAGAUGUAUUGUUGAGGAUGAUGAGGUGCUGGAUAAAUGGGAGAUUGGAUUGAAAAGGCAUGCAACUAAUUUGCUUUUAAUGGACUCUCAAAUUAUCAGCGAUGAGGAUUCAGAUAACAACAUCCUACCUACCACUCAUGACAACACAAUAUACAAAUGGGAAACAUUUUUAAACUGGGGGCCAACUUUUGAAAUGUAUCUUGACAUUUUCAAGGAUCUCGCUGAACUUCCAAUUGAACCAGGAAUUGAAAAUCAAUGUUGUGCUCCUGAAGGAAGUGAUCAUGAAGAAAUCCUGUAACACAAUUCCCAAACAUAUCUCAAAAACGUAUGCUAAACUAUCUGUAUACUUAAAUACAAUGGCGGGAGAAAAUAUUAGUAGAUAUUACUUUUAUACUAAAACAUUUAUGCUAAAAUAUAAUGAAGGAUAAAUAAUU